GAAUAGCCUGUUGAUUUGUUCUACUUAAUUUGUAUGUCUUAGUUUAUGAAAUAGCAGUUGCAUAUAUUCACUGAAAUGUGAUAGCUGAAUCACCCCAGGAAACCCGAUAUGCUGUGAGAAGUUGGAUGUGCUAGGAGAAGUUGCUGAUAAAUUUCGAUGAAUUUCGGUAGGAAUCCAGUCGUCAGCUAUGGGUGAAUUUCCUGCGAUUGGCAGCCGAUCGAUCGCUGUCGCUAAUCUCUUCUUCGCGUCUUACAAACAGUUGCAUGGGACUCUCGCAGAAAUAGAAAUGGCGGAUCAAUACACGGCGCUGAAGAAUAUCUUCGCUUGAUUCUACGCGGCGUCUUGCUUAGUCUUUCCCCCACAUAAUGGCGGCUCUCCCACGAAGAUCAAUAGACUGUUCUACGUAUCCCAGAAUGGAUGAAAGCCGAUAUACUAACGCCUGAUAGUGAUAGUAGUAAAACAAGAAUAGUGACAUAGUUAUUCUGAUGAGAAAGAAGUAUGGAAUAAUGUUACAUUAUAACGGACAAGCGUGAAGCUGAAGCGUUAUCCAGAAGGGGACCUACUCUCUUACCGCUUGGUCUAAAUGCAGACUCCGGGUGUGUCAGACCUACGGCUUGCAGUGUUUCUUUUAGUAGCUCACGACACCGUCGCAUGGAACCGCCCACCAGAUGUGCGCAUGCUUGUGUACUCCUCGUGCCUAAACGACACGAACUACACGCCUCCCCGCUGUAAAGACCACCCAACCGGAUAUGGGUGUGACUGCGGGGCGGGCUUCCAUUGGAACACGGAAGUGUGCAUGUCGACAGCAGUGGAUUCGAGGCUAGAGUUCUCCCAACAGAGGCCGUUACGCUACACACUCCUCACCGGGAAGGCGUUCCCAAAGUUGCAAAAGUUCACCAUAGCCUUCUGGAUCAAGGUUCCCCGCCGUAUAACCAACGGUACUAUCCUCUCGUAUAAGCAUGAUGGGACACGCGACCUUCUGCACAUGCGCAGUGGACCUACGUUAGGCGCGCGCAUCCGUGACCAGGAUAUCUCAACUAACGCAUAUAUUCCCGAAAACCAAUGGGUGCACAUCGCUUGGACUUGGUCCUCCGAAAGUGGCGAGUCGGUGUUAUACAUGGGCGGUAAACGCAGACAGGUUUUCCCCGGUGGCCCCGCUAGCGAGAUUCCCCUGGGUGGUGAAUUUGUUCUCGGACAGGCAUCGAGAGACGACAGUGACGAAUUCGACGAGAGCACGGCGUUCAUCGGAGAUUUGACUCACCUUCAUAUCUGGAGCUUCGUCAUGACCGACAAAGAGGUGGAUUACGUCAAAACGUCUUGUGACGUGAUGUACUGUGGUGAUGCCGUGCAGUGGACGGAGUUCCGGCGAGGAACCAGGGGCGCAAUGCGCAUGCGCUGGCCUUCCGGUGCAAUACGGAGCACGUGCUACAGCGAGGAUGAACUCGGGUACACGUGCAACAAGUAUUGCAGCAACACAAUUGGAGCCCAAUGUAACGAGCAGAUUGUUGAGAACAUCCGGUGGACGCGCACCCCUGCCCUUAAUACCAUUUCCGUCCCCUGCCCCGCCGACAGGCUUAAGAAGGGAACAGACACGAACACUUCAUUAUUCGGUACAAGGCCGUGUAACUUAACAGCCGAGAACGAGGGAGAGUGGGAUACCGCCUUCAUUGACAACUGCAUCUCCGAGUCGCUGAGGAGCCUUAAAUACAAGUUCAAGCGCCACCUGCUGGCCGCCUACAUAGAGGUACCUACUCUGCUCGCCCUCGGCCGCGAGCUGGUGUUGCACACGAGUAACCACUCCUACGGCAAUCCGGUAGAUGUCGCCACUGUGAUUGACAUGCUCGAGAUGUUUGUGCACACGCAUGCGCAGGUGAUCGUCCUUCAGGUGGAACGCUGGUAUGAAGGACACGUGACAUACGCGAAGGCGCUGCAGCGGUUCCCGACUCUGAACGAGACGCGGGAGUUCAUAGAAAUCGUCGCCGACAUCGUCAACAACGUGCUGCACGAGCGACACGAGGCGGGAUGGAACGCCACCCAGCCGCCAGGCACGGAGGGAGACAGCCUGCUGCAGGUGCUGGAGACGUUCACGCACGUGGCCGCGCAGAGCCUGGAAAACCACGUGACCGACGGUCACAUCGGUGGGCGGAUCGGCUUCGAGGAGGCGUACCUCAGCACGGCGAGAGCAAAAAUUGAGUUCAGCGUUCAGGCGCAGUGGGUACAGAUCUUCCGGGGUGCCCGGUUCCCGUCCCGGCAGGAUGCAGUCGGCGGCAUGCAGAUCCGUCACGGGAGUAUCGAACUUCCGGCCGCCGUCCUUUCCUCCACUAACGACACAGAUUUACCGCCCUUCAUAAAAGUCUCAGGUCUUCGAGUUCAUGGGAUGACCCACAUGUUGCCAAAUCAUGACCUUAGAGCCACGGGAAAGAAAGCCAAAGAGAACAAUCUUAACACGCCGAUAAUCGCUUUGUUCGUCUAUGCGGGUGGCGUUGAUAUGGGGACAAACAUUACGCCACCCAUUACGUUCACGGUGCCCUAUUUAGACACAUUUAAUAUUUCGAACCCAGAAUGCGUGCGACUGGAGCAUGGUACAAUACUCUCUGGAAGGAUCAGCGAAUGGAAUUGGACACGUGGCGAUUGUGAACUCAAAGAGGAUCGCGGGAAGGAGGCCGUGUGCGCAUGCUCAAAAACCGGCAUAUUCGCCGUUACAACGGACAUGUACAACGAUAACUGGAACAAGGGCGAGGUUCGGCCGAUACUUAUGAACUUCGCUUCCUACAUUGGCUGCUGUCUUUCAAUUAUCCUAUGCCUAACCACGUGUCUCACACAUAUCUACUACAGGACCUCUUCCGGUACUGCGUCCCUUCACAAGAACCUUGGAGUGUCGGUGAUGCUGGGCCAGUCUGUGUUCAUGAUCGGUAUAGACCAGUAUGACCACGUGGUGAUGUGUCAGGUGUUUGCGGUGUGUCUACACUAUUUCUUUCUGGCCGCGUUCGCCUGGCUGAUGAACGAGGCUUUCAAUCUGUACAUCGUCAUCACAUACUCCUCCCACUCUCACGACGGCAACAGCGAGGCAGGCUCGAUGCUCCGUUACUACAUACUCGGCUGGGUGUUACCUGCUGUCCUAGUGGGAUCGUUUGUGGGAUCUCUUGGGAAGACCUACUAUGCUCGGGAUAUGUGCUGGAUUUCGUGGGACAAUCUGUGGUUGUUCGUUGGACCAGCACUAGGAAUCAUUGCGGUAACGAUUAUGGUUAUGAUUUUCACAGCCAAAGAACACAACGAAAACUCCUAUACAAAGUCCGAGAAAAGCAACAAAACCAUCACCCUGCUCAUGAAAGGUCUAUGGACACAGAUCAUUCUCAUCACGGUAGCAUGGGCGUUUGCAUUCGGCUCCCUCAAAAUGCACGACCGUAUCCUCAAGUACAUUUUCGGUCUCUUCAACGGACUCCAGGGCGCGUUUUUCCUGGUGUUCUACCUACUGCUGAACGAGGAGAUACGCAACAUCUUCAAGGUGAAGAAGAAGCGGAAGACGCUGAGCGCCCAUGGCUACGACGACGCCGACGACCGUUCUCUGGACUCGCACGCGUCCACCCAGCUUGUGGAGAAGGAUCGCCUAGAGACGCUGGCACUUGAUCCUCGUCCACGACGACGGCGCGAUAAGGCGGCGAGGAACAAACGCCGACAAAAACAUCCCCAUGACGACGACGAAGAAAGAAUCGCUUCUGAUUGCGAAAUGAUUACGUCCGUUUAAAUUAAUUAUGUGUUCUUGCAUUGUACGCACUUUCUGAUGGUAACGGUGUCAUUAACGUGUUUUCAACGCAACGUUGAUUUUUGCGAGCAUUACCGUGAUUUUUACGUGAAGUUACAGAUGGUCGUGAAUGCCUUUCUGUGUUUGUAAAUGGAAUAAGCGGUGGGAGUUGUGUGUAUGUGUCUGUGUCUAAUAUAAAAACGUCAAUAUCCAAAUUAUUCUUGUAAAGUUGACGUUCAUGUUAUUGGUGUUUAAUGCGUUUACCUAUGUUCUUAUUUGAAUAAAUCAGCGUCCUUA